AUCGGGGAUUUCCGGGUGCAGAUUAUGACUCUAGUGUAGUGCCGCAAUUCUCAUAAUAUAUUUAGGGAAGAGAAUUGAUGAAAUGUCUGGAAAAAGCAGUAGAGUAAACAUAGACGCUACUUUAACCAGAAUUUAGGCUGCUUUUGCGGCAAGAAUCAAGCUGGAAACUGAGCGCGUUACAAAAAGAGAGGCCAGGUAUACUACAUUAACUAAACGCAUUAUCAUUGGAGAAAUCUUGACACUACAAGCUUUUCUGUACACCUGCUGCUGUUCUAGAAAAGAUGCUAACAGUCCAGCACAGUAAAGACAUGUUUCGAGGCUCCAGAAAGAGAGCUUAUGGCUGUGACACGUGCUACAAACUGUUUGAAUCACCAUCUAAACUUGCCCGGCAUUACCUUACACAUACUGGCCAAAAGCCAUUCCAGUGUCAGGACUGUAGCAAGGCCUUUCGUCAACAGGUGCACUUGGAAAGACAUAAGAUGACACAUGCACUCCCCUUCCAAUGUAACUUGUGUCACCGAAAUUUUAAAAACGUGGAUACUUUUAUAAAACACCAGCAGCUGCAUAAGGAACCAUCUAGACGUGAAUCAAGGCAAACAAAUAAGGCAGUAUCUGUUCGUCAAAAAAGGUGCAGAUACCUAAUGACAGAAAAUAAACAGCUACAGCCACAGUACAACAUUGUGACUGUUGCUGUUCGCAAACAAAAUCAAAAUCAGAAAUGUACUUGGUGCAAUAAAGAGUUCCCAUCUAGGUCAAAGUUGGAAAGACACUUGCUCAUUCACACUGGACAAAAACCCUUUGUAUGUGCUUCUUGUGGAAGAUCCUUCAGACAGAAGGCUCACCUAAAGAUUCACCAACUGACACACACUCGAGAAAAACCAUUUCAGUGUAGCCUUUGUCUCAAGUCUUUCAAGACUGAAGGAAAGUUGGUCAAGCAUGAGGAGAUCCACACCCAACUGUUGCAAGUUCACAACACCCCACGCAAAAUUAGGAGCUCCCAAAGCUUAUCUCAGGUUGAUAGAGUAUGGUGCCAGGCUGUGAAGCAGGAAUCCAGUGAAGCUGAAUCUGUUUAUGUGAUUCCUUUACAAUGUCCUUCCUGUGAGCAGUAUUUUGAGUCACACGAAAUUUUAGACACACACACCUGUUUUAUUACAGAAGAUGGAGAAAAUGUAGGAUAUUCAAAAAGAGCUAUCAGUGGUGGCACCUUGAGACAGAGGAACAGACAGAAAAUACUGUUGGAACCUUCUAAUGAGAUACAGUCAGUUGGGAGAUUGCUAGAAACAGAACAUUUAUAUGGAACAGAGCAGCUAGAUACAGAAUGCCAUGACCGUAAUUCCUCUUUGGGCAUUAUUAAUAUGCAUUCUCACUGGAAAGGAAAGGUAGGCAGAAUUGGUUCAGAGCAGGCUCAGAUAUUUUUGCCAUGGCACUAUCAGCACCAAGAUUUAGGACUCUGCUUCCAAGGAUCCAUUGAGGAAACAGAUUUUGAGACUACUCCUAGUACUUUCGGUAUUUCAAAUCAGGGGAAGCAUAUAGAUAAAGCUGACCCAUUGCACCAUUUCCUUCAGGGUGCACAAGGGGUUUUGUUUCGGAGGCAUAAUGUAAACAAAUGUGACCAAUGUGAAAAGGUUUUUCCUUCAUUGUCUAAACUGCGGAGACAUUACCUUAUCCACACAGGUCAGAAGCCAUUCAAAUGCACAGAAUGUGGAAAACAAUUCCGCCAGUCUGCUCACUUAAAGAGACAUCAAAUUACUCACAUACAGAAAGGUCCUUUUGUAAGGUCCAGGGGGGCAUUCAGAGAUCUGUCGUCUGUACAAGGACACACAGGUUAUACAUUAUCACAGGAUUCAGAUUGUUUCGAAAAUACACAAGAUUUUGUUCAGUUUCCCCAGGUUGCAGUACCAGAGAUCAUGGUAGAAAUAGAAGAAAGCUUGUGUUCAGACACUUUGGAACCUAAGAAAGUACGCCGUCGGAAGUCCAGAGUGAAAACUAACCGGGGUGCCAAGUCCUGUUCUGAUCAUCUUUUGAGGCCAAAGAAAUCCUGUGUUAUCCAAACAGACUACAAAUGCAGCGUUUGUAACAAGAAAUUCCUAUCCCUUUCUAAACUGGAGCGUCACUAUCUCAUGCAUGCCGGACAAAGACCAUUUGAAUGUAAAGAGUGUGGAAAAAUGUUCCGUCAAGAUCCUCACCUGAAACGUCACCAGCUUACACAUAGGGAGACUGAAUAAAUUUGUACCCACAUAUAUAUUCUAUUCAAGUUAAAAUAAUAUAAUUUUGAAAAUGAAACCAAGUAUACAUGAAAGUCAACCUUAAAGGGACAAUAAACCCAUUUUUUUUUUUCUUUCAUGAUUUAGAAAGAGCAUGCCAUUUUAAACAACUUUCUAAAUUACUUCUAUUAUCUAAUUUGCUUCAUUCUCUUGAUUUUAUUUGCUGAAAAGCAUAUCUAGAUAGGCUCCAUAGCUGCUGAUUGGAGGCAGCACAUAGAUGCCUCGUGUGAUUGGCUCACCAAUGUGCACUGCUCUUUCUUAAACAAAGGAUAUCUCAAGAAUUAAGCAAAUUAGAUAAUAAAAGUAAAUUGGAAUGUUGUUUAAAAUUGUAUUCUCUAUCUGAAUAAUGAAAGAAUACAUUUGGGUUUAAUGUCCCUUUAAACUUUAUUCAGAAACUUUUCAAUGUACAAUUAUCAAAUUUACUAGAAAACGCAAAAGAUUGCAACCGCACUAACGUGAAUAGGGACUGCUAUUUGUACCUACUUUUAUUUUUACAGUGGGUACUUGCUGGAGUGCUUAUGCAAGGAUCAAUGAUUCAGAAAAAAGUAGAGUCAGAAAUGUGAGUUUCUGGCUCCAAGGGCAGAUUGCAUUUAUUA